GGUUAAUAUUUAGUGUUGCAAUACUUCUUCAUGGUUAAUAUUUAGCGUAGCAAUACUUCUUCAUAUUCUUACUUCAUGGUUAAUAUUUAGUGUUGCAGUACUUCUUCAUUUUCUUACUUCAUGGUUAAUAUUUAGUGUUGCAGUACUUCUUCAUUUUCUUACUUCAUGGUUAAUAUUUAGUGUUGCAGUGCACAAGGAGACCACGGACUACCGGAAGCCCAUUCUGGUUCUGAGAGGAGGAUAGAAGAGCAACUUCCUCUUCUGGUUAAAACAGAAGUGGAAAACUACAGGGGGCUUCACACACCACACACACACACACACACACACACACACACACACACACACACACACACACACACACACACACACACACACACACACACACACACACACACACACACACACACACACACACACACACACACACAUUUACGAUGCCUCUAUCAUCAUCAUCAUCAUCAUCAUCAUCAUCAUCAUCAUCCUCAUCAUUUGGACAGUGGCAGCAACAUGGAGUCUGUCAUCAAUGGAAGUGUGCUGAUCCUUCACCAGCUCCAACAUGGGAAGCACCAGUACCAAGUGGAAAAUGUGGUCCAGUACCAAAGAUCAAGCAGCGCAAAACCAAUGAUGAGACGAGGAGACAAGCUGAUGCAGAUUAAUGGCAGCGACCUGCAGGAUUUCACCCCUGAAGCCUUGGCUCAGACCAUCGCUGAGGGCCGUCCCAUGUUGACGGUGCACAAGGCGGGGGCUCAGAAGCCGCUCCACUGCUCCGAGGAGGAUGUUCUUCAUCCCGUCUCCAAGGAGCAGACUGUGCUGCAGUUCAGCAUGCGGAUGUUGCGAGAAGAAGACGCGCACGGAGGCGAAGGAGGCGGCUCAGGACAAGGCGGCGGAUGUCCAGUUGGCGACGACCACAAGCCAGGCGGCGACCUUCUGGUGGUCUCCAUGACCAAAACCAGCAUCUCGGUGAUCAGAGGGCGGGGCUGUGAGGCUGGCAGCACCUGUAAGGGAUGUCACGGCACAGGAUGCACCCUCAAAGACGUGGUCAUGGUGUCAGAGUCCAGCACCGUCACACUCGUUUCAAGAGGAGGCGGAACCUUCAAGCUGCAGAAGUCUUUGGACACGCCCAUCGAACAUGUGGCCUCCCACAAAUACCUGCACGGGAUUUGCUCCCAGAAGACUAUAUAUGCAUCAGCUAAUCCAGAGAAAAUGACCAUCUACUACUACAAGUCCACGUGUCCAGAGUCCAGGUUCCCCGUGGUGUUGAACUUCUCAGGCUCCGACUGCUUCCUCAGGUGCUCCAAGAAAGGCGAGCAGGUGCUCCUGCAAGUGGAGGCGUGUGAGAAGCAGAAACUGAAAAGCAUCUCCCUGAAGGAUGACAUCAUCCUGUCUUACGUCUUCUACAUGAAGAGUGACGUCACCAAGCAGCGGCACUUUGAGUCUGCUCUCUACCCGGGUUGGUUCAUCCAGGUGUGCUCCUCAGACGCCGUGCAGGUGGCACAGCUGCCAGAGCGCACGCAGCCCGAGCCCUUCCUCUUCAUCAUCCAGACCUAGACCUCAACGCAGAGACACUCAGGUGCCUUGUCAAGUGUAAAAAGAAGUGAAGUUAUUAUCACUGCCUAUGUUUCUGGACAAAUAUAAGUUAAGAGUGGCACCUCCAUUUAUGAACCUACUUGGUUCUUCAUGAAUGGAAAAGUUUGUAAAGUGAGGCAAACAAUGUCCAUAUGAAUAAUUGGUUCCAGCUUGCACAAAAGUCCAUAUUUGAACACAAUAUAAAAUACUAAAUGUCAAGCAAACUUUCUAUUUAUUAACAAGACAAAACAACAACGACAAGCUAAACUGUCCUGGAUGUGCUGUUCUGCAAACGCACGCAACAGAAGUCCCUUUGGUGCCCUUACAAACGAUCAGAAAUCACAAAAAUGUUCUUAAUUAUAACAACCAUACUGCUACAAUAAUCUAGAAAAAAGUCAAAUCUACUCGCCACAAAUUAACGUCGACGGCGGCACACAAGAUGAGCGAAUGAAGCCUUGCUACAUAUUUGUUGCCAUGUGAAGGUUGGUAAACAUAGAAGUUGACAAAUAAAGGGUUAGUACAUGGAUGUUCCACGUUCAUAACUCACAAUAAUUCAUACAUUUCAUGCAAAACGUAUUU